AUGAAAGUCGGCUUAAUGAACUUUCCACCACUCCCAACUGAUGCACCUAUUGAUGCCGCAAAGAAUGAAAUACAAAAAUCCAUUCACCUGUCGAACUUUACAGAGGCUGAGAUCGCAGAAGCAAUAGCAGAGAAGGGCCAAGGAUGGAAAAUGCUACCUGUUCUCCAAACUUCCAAAUCUUGCCCAAAAAGCCAAUGUUAGUUCUGCUAGCAGCGUAUGUAUGUGUUCAUAUUGCAAGUCUCUCGUUGGAGAUCAUGUAGCCAGUAUGAUGUGCGAGAAAGAGGUACGAAAGGUAUUACAUAUUGAUGAUACUAGUACCCUGUAAGUUUGACAACCCACCUAACAAUUUGAAAGCCAACUGAUAUAUCUACUAUACCAGUCUGCAGCAUCUCCCCUCCGAAACUGUUACUAUUAUUUUUGGCCCCAAUCAAACACAAAUUGAAUUGUCACAAAGCACUACUUCGCUACCACUCAGGUUUUUUCGAUGCCUAUUUUCAGUGGAACAAUGAACGCAAGAUCAUUUUGGAGGUGGAGGAGGUUCUCGAGGUUUCCGCCUUUGUUACUUGGUGCUAUACAGGCCAGAUUGAUAUCAACAAAUUAGGGAUUUCUCCAGCAUCUCUUUGGCUCUUUGGAGACAGAAUUCGAAGCCAGCAAUUUAUGAAUGAGGCAAUUUACGCGCUCUUCUGGUAUAUGAGACAUAACAUUCUCCUGGUCGAGGACACAAUGGUUAUCUACUCGAAAACAGCACCGGAAUCCAAAUUGCGACUUUUCCUCAAAGGUAUGAUUGCUUCAUCGGGCAUUUUGUCUGCUUCAGAACGGGGUUACCCUAGUAUGGAGGCAAAAUGGAAGAAGAUGAUAGAGGCUGAUAGUCAGGAGGUGAUCGAUAUACUGGCAGAGGUGGUUAUGGAGGGUGGAAAUCUCUAUAAGAAGGAGGAAAUGAGUAGGCAACCAUUUUAUCACAAAAACCACUGGAAGUACUUGGAGAAGAUAGAGACGAGAUCUUUGGAGGAUAUCGCGAACAAAGUACCGGGACCACAGGCUCAUAGAGGUUAG